CGCGCAGAAGUCCACUUCGGUUUUUCCGCGAAGCUCCAAAAAUCUAUGAAAUGUGUUUGCAUGUUCCUCUCUGCAAGCGGGGAUGUAGAGGUGGGAUUGCGAGGACCGAGAAAGCUGGGGGAACCCACGCGUUCAGCCUCAGAGAAAGUACGCUUUUUCCCGAAUUAACUGAGGGCUGAGAGAGAGAGAGCCGGACCGCUCGGACUGUGGGAGCCCUCCCCUCUGCUCGGAUCCGCUUUGUUUCCAGAUGGAAGACCGUGGAUGAGGGCUGAGCUGUAGUGCGGGCAGAAGGCUCUGGGGCCUGCCUGUUGUUGGUCGGUUGAUUUGUCCGUCGAGGUGAGGCACCACUCUCUCCGGGGGAACAGAACGGACCGAGACCCCUUCCUCGCUCACCCCUGCCCCCUUUCCACCCUCAUCCCCAACCCAGGCACGUACGCUCUGGACCAUGUCGGAGGGGGGCCGGACAGAGGACCAGGAGCGGAGUAGCUGCAAACCGGACUCUCCUGUUAUAGAGCGCCGGAACCGCAGUGGCAUCAUCAGUGAGCCCCUCAGUAAGAGCCUUAAGAACUCCCGUACCCUCUCCCAGUACACAGCAGUCUCCUCUGCCACCACCAAUGGACACACGAACAACAAUGAGACUAAGAGCCAAUCGGCCAAGCCUCAGCCACCCCCGCAGCCCCAGCCCACUGUCUCAGCACUGACGGCAGCCAAGUUGGACCGGACCCUAGAACAGGUUCUGGAGGGACAGAAUGGCCUGCUGCACUUUGCCCAGGCAGCAGCACUGUUAAAGCGGGCCGGUAUGGAGCACAUGCUCCUGCCUGGGGGCAUGGGAGUGGGAGUUGGCGGUGGAGACGCAAGCUCGGGGGCUAGCGAUUUGGAGGGUACGUCUGUCACGGACGCCGUAGGUGGUCCCGUUGACUUCCCAUAUGGAGUAGGGGGUGGUUUCCCCUUCAACCCGGGGCUUUUCAUCAUGACGCCGGCUGGAGUGUUUCUGGCGGACAGCGCGCUACACAUGGCCGGCCUGGCCGAGUACCCGGCGCAAAGCGAGCUGGCCUCUGCUAUCAACUCCGGUAAAAAGAAGCGAAAACGUUGCGGCAUGUGCCCACCCUGCCGACGGCGGAUUAACUGCGAGCAAUGCAGCAGCUGCCGGAAUCGCAAAACGGGCCACCAGAUCUGCAAGUUUCGCAAAUGUGAGGAACUGAAGAAGAAGCCCUCUGCUGCUCUGGAGAAGGUGAUGCUUCCUACAGGAGCGGCGUUCCGGUGGUUCCAGUAGGACUCCUCCUCCACCUCCCUACCCAAAGCUCUGCCAUCAAGUGCAAUGCCAACUCCUGGAUUGUCUCCGGAAAAAAACAAAAAACAGACACUGGCUAAUAAAACAAAACAAGCAACACUUAAAAAAAAAAAAAAAAGAUAGAGAAAAAAAAAACAACGAAAAACGAAACAACAGAACAACAGCAACAGGUAAAAAAAAAGAAAAAAAAAAUCAAUCGGGUAAUGGAUGCACCUACUUAUUCCUUGAACCAAAAAUGAAGCGUAAAGAAAAGCAUCUAUGGCAAUUUUCAUUCCCUUUUCUAUGUUUCCAUUUUGGUACCUUUUGUCCUUUUUCCAGCAGGUUUUUUUCUGUCGCUUAAACACGGAACUGUUCAUUGCCAGAAACAGAAAUGACGGACUGAGUGUGGACAAUCAACUAAUUUCUGUGUUUGGUGUUAAUGUUGUUCAUGUGUGGAAAGAUACAGUACUUGUGUAGAGAAUGUAAAUUUACAGCUAUAUUUCAAAACUAGUGGCUAAUGGCAAACAUUAUUGUAAUUCUUCACCAUCAUGUUACUUAAAAAAAAAAAAGCAAAAAACAAAACAAAAAAACAACAACCCUCGUCUACUUUUAUGAUUCAUUACGUUUGAAAGGAGGAUGGGUUUUUUUUUCCUUCCCGGACAGAUCGGUGGUCAUCGUCGGAAAAAAAAAAAAAAAAGGACCGUGACGCCACGGAACAGUCACGUUAUUGGGCAGAGCUCCAGAGACCCUUCGCUGGGGUUGAAGACGCUGUUCGCCAGAGCCGUCUCUACUGUAAUCUCCUCAAUCAGCCCUCCUCUGCAUUUCCAAACUGCUCCUUUAGUGAAACUGGCAGCCUUAUGUUACUGUGGCCCGACUGAGCAUGUGCCAAUAAUGCUCAGGGCAAUAGCAUUAAGAGACAGCACUUGCUCUGAGUCUACCCUACUGAACGCACUGAGACAAGAUUACAUUGUUUUUUUUUUGGUUUUUUUUAUUUGUUUGUUUAUUUUGUUCUAUUUUCAUGAUUUUUUUUUUGUUAUGUUGCUGGGUAGCUACAGCUUUUAAAAAUAACCAAUCUUUGUAUUCGUUUAGAAAAUUGGACUGGUUUUGUGAAUAAAAAGGAAUGCAUGUAUUCGUGUCAAAA